GAGUCCUCUAGGCACCACAAUUCCUGAGUACUGGAAGAUCUUUGAAUCAGGUCCAGAAAUGUCCUUCGUGUGUUUGACAGACUUUCAGGCUCAUGCACGGGAGCGGCUGUCUAAGUCAACAUGGGAUUUUAUUGAAGGAGAAGCUGAUGAAGGCAUCACAUGGAAAGACAACAUGGCAGCAUUUAAAAAAAUCCGCCUCCGUCCCAGAUAUCUGAGAGAUGUAUCAAAAGUGGACACCAGGACCACAGUCCAAGGGGAGGAGAUCAGUGCCCCCAUUUGUAUUUCACCCACGGCAUUCCACUGUAUGGCCUGGCCUGAUGGAGAAAUGAGCACAGCUAGAGCUGCUCAGGCAGCCGGCAUCUGCUAUGUCACUAGCACAUAUGCUAGCUGUACCCUCGAAGACAUUGUUGCUACUGCCCCCAAAGGACUCCGGUGGUUCCAACUCUAUGUGCAGUCAGACUGGGAGCUAAACAAACAAAUGGUCCAGAGGGCAGAAGCCCUAGGUUUCAAAGCUUUGGUGAUCACUGUAGAUGCACCUGUAAUUGGCAAAAGGAGGCGUGACAUUAGAAACCAACUGAAUUUGGAGGCAAAGUUAAUGCUCAAGGAUCUUCGGUCACCUGAAGAGAGAAUUUCCUCACGUGUUCAGUUAUCUUCCAUAAAUGCAUCUUUCUGUUGGAAGGAUCUCUCCCAGCUUCAGACUAUAACUCGAUUACCCAUCAUCCUUAAAGGGAUUCUGACAAAAGAGGAUGCAGAGUUAGCAAUAAAGCACAACGUCCAGGGUAUCUUUGUUUCCAACCAUGGUGGACGACAGCUUGAUGAAGUUCCUGCGUCAAUUUAUGCAUUGACAGAAGUGGUGGCUGCUGUCAAAGGGAAAAUUGAAAUAUACUUGGAUGGUGGAGUUCGAACUGGCAAUGAUGUGUUGAAAGCUCUAGCACUCGGAGCUAAGUGCAUUUUUCUUGGGAGACCCAUCCUCUGGGGUCUUGCCUGCAAGGGUGAACAUGGUGUUGAAGAAGUAUUAAGUAUUUUAAAAAAUGAAUUUCACACAUCUAUGAGCCUUUCAGGCUGCCGAUCAGUCACUGAGAUCAGUCGGGAACUGAUCCAGUUCUCCAUAUUAUAAAGAACCACUGCAAGUGCUCAUAGAAUGAAGGCAAACAUCCAACAUUGUGUGUGUAGGAUGGGCCCCAUUCUACCUAGCAGCUGGAGUCCUGCUCCCUCAAAAGGAGAGAAUGUUCAGAUCAACGAGUUAAUAGGUGCAGUAGGAAAGGAGUAAUGACAUAUAAUGCUCUCAAGAAUAACUGAGGUUGAUAAUUUAUUGAAUAUGCCAAAAUAUCUAGCACAGAAAAUGAGGGAUUUUAAAUGUUUCCAACACAUAUAAAAAAUUAUGCCUGAUGUAAUAGGCAUACCAAUUAUCCUGAUCUUCUUAUUAACUGUUCAUAUUCAUUAAAAUGGGACACUAAUACCAUGAAUACAUGCAAUUAUUA